AUGACCAUGCAUAGCGCAAGAGUUGUAUCCUCAAAUAAUGUAAAGGCUGAAGGAUGCUCACGACACGAGGUGAUUUUUGAAACGGUUGGAUCUCUAUUAUCCUUGCUUCGCACUGGAGCACGAGAUGCAUACUGUCAAUUUUUCCUUGAUACCAUGUCAGCUGUUGAAGAUAUCUUGCAUGUGGCAUCAAUCUCUGCUGAAACUUCAAGCAUGUCUAGUUUUGCUAGAUUAAAUUUGAAGUGUUUCUGUGAGUCCUUUACCAGAGUUUACGGUGACCCUACAUGUCUUACUGAUCUUCCGGAAAGUAGUAAACCUAUGGAUGGCCCUGGUAUCUUGGUCAACAUUACAAGCAAAGAGAGGUGGCGGCCUUUUGCAACUUGGAUGAUUAAGAUUCUUAGUAAAUGUUUAACUGAAGGAACUCUAUAUGUGGAAGGACUCGUCAAUGUGUCAAAAGUUUCGGCUGUCUGUUCUCUUUUAUGCUAUGGACAUCUUGACUUGCAUAUGGCAUGUUUUGAUUUUGCACGCAUCGUUGGGUCAGUAAUUGAUUAUGACCAGUCAGUAAUUGAUUAUGACAUCAUUCCUCAUCAGAAUAUCAUCCAGUCAAUAGCUGCAAUAUUAAGUGAGGACAAAGAGGGGCUUCCUAUAUUCAGAAAUGUGGUUUAUGAUUCCUCCAUGGGUGGUUGCCUCACUGCAUUGCACUCUAGAUGUCCUGAUGAUGUUGUAAAGCUAACGGCUGUGGAUCUAAUGAAUAUUUUCCCUUGGUCAAUGCGGAGAACCAAAAGCCAAGAGCUUAAGGUGGCUUUUUGCAGUUCAUACAUACGGAUUGCUAGAACUUGCCCCCCUCAUAUUUGGAGGUCAGAGUGUCUAAUACACAUUCUCUGUUUUCCAGAACCCUGCCUUUCCUUGAUUGAUUGCCUUCAUGAAACUCUCUCACUCCUUGGUUCUGAGAAGGUUGGAGGGAGGGCAACGAUAGAUGGUAUUGUGGGUUUACCAACAUCAGAUUAUGUAUCAAUUGAGAACUUGAGGGUUGGAGAAAAGAGGCGUGUCAAGGAUAUAGACUUUAUCGAGAUGAAACGCUGAAAGGUAGAUGAAGAUAUGAUAGCUUCCAAUGCUAAUGCUCUAGAGGAGACCGGCAUGGCGAAAACAUUCUCUUUGACUCUACUACAGCUGCCAUUUAUUGAACUUUUAAAACCUUCUUUUGCUAACCCUGAUUCUUUAAGACGAGAUGUUGCAUUAGCAGCUCUUAGCAUGCUUUGUAUUGCUUUCUGUAGAUUCCCAAUUACCAGUAUAUCACUCUGCAUCUUCCAGCAGAUGCAGUCAUGGAUCCCAUGGAUAUGUGAGCAGGCAAAACAAGGCAGUUCAAUCACAUUUGAUAUUUCCAUAUACCUAGAAGGAAUACACAGCAUAUUGCUUAUGCAAAGUACCUUUCUCAUGGCGGACAAGUUUUUCAAACUUAAGGGUGAUGAGGUGGAUCUUAUACACAUGGUGCUAAAGCUUCCAUGGACUCAUUAUGGUGUGGUUGCUAGAUCGCAUUCUCCAUGGAAAGCAAAAUGUACCUCUAUCCAAGUUGUGUCCAAGCUUGGCGCUAGUUUGAAUACUGAAAAUGUUCUGGAAGUCUUGGAUUUGGGUCUUCAUGAUAAAGCUGAAGAAGUUAGACUGGAAACUAUCAUUUCCAUGCCAGUGAUUGUCUUGUGGUCUGGUCUUGGUCUGCUUGCACAAAUGUUCAAAAGGCUAGAAUUCUUGGGGAGAGAAGAGCAUGAUAGAGUUAAAAAAAUCAUUCCCUUCUCUCUUGGUUUUUUGUCCUGCCUUUAUGGACGUUACAGCAGUGUUGAUGGUCCAGAUGAGGUUGAAUGCAAGUUUUUUUUGGAUGUCAAUAAUGGGAAACGUAAUCAGACAGUAGAUUGCAUACUACAAGGUUUCUGGUGUUCAAAGUGUGACAAAAGUGUUAUGCCUAAUCAUGAGGUGUAUAAAAUAAUACGAGUACCUGAUAUGCAAAUUGAAGUUGGUUUGAAUUGUGAUUUCAUUCAUCUUCAAUCCCUAUUCUUUAAAUUUCUUUAUGAUGACUCUUCGGAAGAGGUUCAAGUUGGCUGUGUGAGAAUAAUUCGACGCAUACUUGUCCAUGGUACUGCAGAUAUUCUGACCAAGACAAGAUUUGAAUGGAUUAGAUGUGUUGAAUUCUUACUGCUUAAUACAAAGAAGGCUGUAAGGGAAGCAUUUUGCAAUCAGAUCAGUUCCUUCCUUGAUGGUUCAAUAUUAAAUAGCUUAUUUUUAGAGGGGGAUUCAGCAAAUCAAACUAAAGAACUGAAGUUCUUGGAUAUAAUGAAACAUGCUAUGGCAGCAGCUGAGGAUCCUCAAAUCCUUGAGACUCUUCUAGAAUCAACAGCUCAAAUUAUGAUUGCAGUAGAUAUCUCUAGUCAACUUUUCUUGCAUUCUCUUCUUUUGUUGGUUGAUCAACUUGAUAAUCCACACAUGACAGUAAGAAUGAGUGUGUCAAGGCUAAUACAUAAAUCUUGCUUCUUCCAUCUUAAAGGACGGUUUGAAUUAGUUCUUUCAAAAGUUGUUCAUAUCCGAAGUGAACUCUUUGAGUAUCUAACUAUGAGCCUCACUAGUCGUCCAGAAAUGGUCAGAGAGUUUGCAGAAGCUGUAAUUGGUGUUGAGACAAAAGAACUUGUUGAAAAAAUGAUCCCCAUAGUUCUUCCAAAGCUGGUGGUGUCUCGCCAGGAAAAUGACAAAGCAGUUCAUACCCUGUUGGAGUUAGCCAAGUGUUUAAACACUGACAUGGUGCCCUUGAUAGUUAAUUGGCUACCUAAAGUGCUUGCUUUUGCGCUUCAUCGAGCAGAAAGACAGGAAUUACUCUCUACUUUACAGUUUUAUCAUGAUCAGACUGGUUCUGACAACCAAGAAAUAUUUGCUGCUGCACUGCCUGCACUUUUAGAUGAACUUGUAUGCUUUCUGGAUGGUGGUGAUCUAGGUGAGAUAAGCCAAAGGUUAUCAAGAGUGCCUGAGAUGAUAAAAGAAAUUGCCAGAGUUCUGACAGGUGCAGAAGAUCUUCCAGUCUUUUUGAGGAAUCAUUUUGUUGGCCUCCUUAACAGUAUUGAUAGAAAAAUGCUUCAUUCAGAGGAUUUUUGGUUGCAGAAGCAAGCUUUACAACGUAUUAAGAUGCUGAUUGAAAUGAUGGGAUCUCAGCUUAAUACUUAUGUCCCAAAAUUAAUGGUUCUUCUCAUGCAUGCUGUUGAUAAAGAAUCACUACAAAGUGAGGGGCUAUGUGUUUUGCAUUUUUUCAUUAUGCAAUUGGCGAGCAGAUCACCAUCUAGCACUAAACAUGUAAUUUCUCAAGUGUUUGCUGCACUUAUUCCCAUCUUGGAAAGAUAUAAAGAAAACCCUUCUAUGCAUUUGAAUGGAGUUGUGAAAAUUUUGGAAGAACUUGUGUUAAAGAACAGAAUUCUCUUGAAGCAGCAUAUACGUGAGUUCCCUCCCUUACCCAGUAUUCCUGCACUAAGAGAAGUAAAUGAAGCUAUUCAGGAAGCUCGUGGUUCAAUGACUUUGAAGGAUCAAUUAAGAGAUGUUGUUGAUGGUUUGAACCAUGAAAACUUGAAUGUAAGGUAUAUGGUAGCAUGUGAGCUGAGCAAAUUACUCAACUUGAGAAGGGAAGACAUCACAGCCUUGAUCACUGGUGAAGUUGCUGCAGAAAUUGAUGUUUUGAGCUCAUUGAUUACAUCCUUACUAAGAGGCUGUGCAGAAGAGUCAAGGACUGUAGUGGGACAGCGGCUGAAGCUGGUUUGUGCUGAUUGUCUUGGAGCAUUAGGUGCAGUUGAUCCUGCCAAAGUGAAGGGUUUUUCAUGCCAACGCUUUAAAAUUGAAUGUUCGGAUGAUGACCUUAUCUUUGAGUUAAUCCAUAAACAUCUGGCUAGGGCUUUUAGAGCUGCACCUGAUACUAUUGUUCAAGACUCAGCUGCAUUGGCAAUACAGGAGCUGCUAAAAAUUGCAGGCUGUAAGGCAUCAUUGGACGAGAAUGUUGCUGCUUCUUCAUCACAAAUACUGAAGGAUAAGAGUGCUGAAAAUACUAGUAGAGUGAAUAGUAGGGGUCAGCGACUGUGGGACCGGUUCUCUAACUAUGUCAAAGAGAUAAUAGCCCCUUGCUUAACCUCUAGGUUUCAGCUUCCAAAUGUAGCUGAUUCUGCAUCAGCUGGCCCAAUUUACCGUCCUUCUAUGUCUUUCAGAAGAUGGAUAUUUUUCUGGAUAAAAAAGUUGACUGCACAUGCAACUGGAUCUCGUGCGAGUAUCUUUAAUGCUUGUCGAGGUAUUGUGCGUCAUGAUAUGCAAUUGGCAAUUUAUCUGCUGCCUUAUUUAGUUUUAAAUGCUGUUUGUCAUGGUACUGAGGAAGCACGCCUUGGCAUAGCUGAGGAAAUCCUAUCAGUUCUUGAUGCUGCUGCCUCAGAUAACAGUGCUAUGGUUCAUGUUUUCAGCAGUGGCCAGAGUGAGGUUUGCAUCCAAGCUGUGUUCACUCUCCUUGAUAACCUUGGCCAAUGGGUGGAUGAUGUAGAGCAAGAACUAGCUCUUUCUCAAUCUCUCCAAGCAUCGGCUUCUAGGAAGCAAUCAUCCAGGUCCAAAGAUCAAAGUUCAACUUCUUUGACAGACCAGGAUCAACUUCUUACACAAUGUAAAUAUGUCUCUGAGCUUUUGACUGCAAUUCCAAAGCUAACCCUUUCUAAGGCCUCCUAUAGAUGCCAGGCUUACGCAAGGUCUUUGAUGUAUUUUGAAUCUCAUGUGCGUAUGAAGUCUGGCUCCUUCAACCCAGCAGCUGAGAGAAGCGGCAAUUUUGAGGAUGAAGAUGUUUCCUAUCUGAUGGAAAUAUACAGCUGUCUAGAUGAACCUGAUGGUUUAUCUGGAUUGGCUUGUUUACGUAAAUCAUUAAGCUUACAGGACCAGCUCCUAAUAAACAAAAAGGCAGGAAAUUGGGCAGAGGUUUUAACCUUUUGUGAGCAGGCUUUGCAGAUGGAGCCCGAUUCGGUUCAGAGUCACUCGGAUGUGCUUAACUGUCUGCUGAACAUGUGCCAUCUUCAGGCCAUGGUCACUCAUGUUGAUGGUUUAAUUUCUAGGGUUCCUCAAUACAAGAAAACAUGGUCUAUGCAAGGUGUGCAGGCAGCAUGGAGGCUUGGCAAGUGGGAUAUGAUGGAUGAGUACCUUAGUGGGGCUGAUGAAGAAGGUUUAUUAUGUAGCGGCUCUGAGAGUAAUGCUUCCUUUGAUAUGGAUGUCGCAAAGAUUCUCCAGGCUAUGAUGAAAAAGGAUCAAUUUUCAGUUGCUGAGAAGAUUGCUCUGUCCAAACAAGCUCUCAUUGCUCCUCUUGCUGCUGCAGGCAUGGAUUCCUAUGUACGGGCUUAUCCAUUUGUUGUGAAACUUCACUUGCUGAGAGAGCUGGAGGACUUCCAUACUUCUCUUGGCGACAACUCUUUCUUGGAGAAGACAUUUCAUCUGGGUGAUCUAGAAUUCACAAAAUUGAUGAAUAACUGGGAAAGUCGGCUCAGAUUUACACAACCAUCUCUUUGGGCAAGGGAGCCACUUUUAGCUUUUCGGAGAUUGGUAUUUGGUGCUAGUGGUCUUGGUGCUCAAGUUGGGAACUGCUGGCUUCAAUAUGCGAAGCUCUGUCGCUUGGCUGGUCAUUAUGAGACUGCAAAUCGAGCAAUUCUAGAAGCUCAGGCUUCAGGUGCACCUAAUGUUCAUAUGGAAAAGGCCAAGCUUCAGUGGAGUACUAGGAGAUCAGAUGGUGCUAUUGCAGAAUUGCAACAAGCUCUUCUGCAAAUGCCUGAGAAGGUUGUAGGCCCGGCUGCAAGGUCAUCGAUUACCAGUCUUUCGUUGGUUCCACUGAAUCCCCAACCUUCACUUUGUGAUACGCAAGCUUCAAAAGAGAAUCAAGAUAUUGCAAAAACUCUCCUACUAUAUACCAGAUGGAUUCAUUACACUGGACAAAAGCAGAAGGAAGAUGUUAUAACACUUUAUUCCAGGGUUAGGGAACUGCAGCCUAAGUGGGAUAAAGGUUUCUUCUAUUUAGCCAAGUAUUGUGAUGAGGUACUUGUUGAUGCCAGAAAACGUCAGGAAGAUAAUUCUGAACUAGGUCCCAGACCAGUACCAUUGGCAUCUGCUGUUGUUUCUCCUUCGACUACUGAGAAGCGUUGGUGGUAUUCUGUACCUGAUGUACUAUUAUUCUAUGCCAAGGGACUUCAUAAGGGCCACAAAAAUCUCUUUCAAGCACUUCCAAGAUUGCUGACCUUGUGGUUUGACUUUGGUAGUGGUUAUCAGAGAUGUGGCUCGUCAUCCAAUGAAGAUUUGAAAAAGGUUCAUGAGAAGGUAAUGAGUAUUAUGCGAGGCUGUUUGAAGGAUUUGCCAACAUAUCAAUGGUUAACAGUGUUGCCUCAGUUGGUCUCUAGAGUGUGCCAUCAGAACGAGGAAAUUGUUAAAUUGGUCAAACGCAUCAUCACCUCUGUCCUCCGGCAAUACCCGCAACAAGCAUUGUGGAUUAUGGCAGCUGUUUCAAAAUCCACAGUCCCUUCAAGACGGGAGGCAGCUGCAGCAAUCAUACAAGAGGCUAAAAAAGGGUUCAGCCAAGGAAACAAUGGCAGCAAUUUGUUUGUUCAGUUUGCUAGCCUGAUUGAUCAUCUGAUUAAGUUGUGCUUCCACCCAGGCCAGCCAAAAGCAAGGACAAUAAAUAUCUCUACUGAAUUCAGCUCCUUGAAAAGGAUGAUGCCAUUGGGAAUUAUUAUGCCAAUUCAACAAUCUCUUACCGUUAGUUUACCAACCUAUAAUACCAGUCUUUCUGACUCUCUUACCUCUGAUAUCUUUUCUGCCUCUGAUCUUCCAACAAUUUCAGGAAUUUCUGAUGAGGCUGAGAUUCUUUCAUCACUGCAACGGCCAAAGAAGGUUGUUUUGUUGGGUAGUGAUGGUAUUGAACGUCCAUUUCUCUGCAAACCCAAGGAUGACCUUAGGAAGGAUGCUCGCAUGAUGGAGUUCAAUGCAAUGAUCAACCGGUUAUUAUCCAAAUAUCCUGAAAGCCGCCGAAGGAAACUAUAUAUUCGUACUUUUGCAGUGAUUCCUCUAACAGAAGACUGUGGUAUGGUGGAAUGGGUGCCCCACACUCGUGGACUGCGGCAUAUUCUUCAAGACCUAUAUAUAACAUGUGGAAAAUUUGAUAGGCAGAAGACUAAUCCUCAAAUUAAACGGCUUUAUGAUCAAUGCCAAGGCAAAAUGCCAGAAGAUGAGAUGCUGAAGAAUAAGAUUCUUCCGAUGUUCCCUCCAAUUUUCCACAAAUGGUUCUUAACCACAUUUUCUGAGCCUGCCGCUUGGUUUAGGGCUCGGAUUGCUUAUGCACACACUACUGCAGUUUGGUCAAUGGUUGGGCAUAUUGUGGGGCUAGGAGACCGGCAUGGCGAAAACAUUCUCUUUGACUCUACAACAGGUGAUUGUGUUCAUGUAGAUUUCAGUUGCCUAUUUGAUAAAGGCUUGCAGUUGGAGAAGCCUGAGCUGGUACCUUUUAGGUUAACCCAGAACAUGAUUGAUGGCUUGGGCAUCACUGGAUGUGAGGGCAUCUUCUUACGGGUAUGCGAAAUCACACUUUCAGUACUGAGGACCCACAGGGAGACUUUGAUGAGUGUUCUUGAGACUUUCAUUCAUGAUCCUCUUGUGGAGUGGACAAAAUCUCAUAAAUCGAGUGGGGUUGAAGUUCAAAACCCGCAUGCACAGAGAGCAAUUAGUAAUAUUGAAUCAAGGCUGCAAGGUGUAGUUGUUGGUGUUGGAGCAGCGCCUUCUUUGCCUCUGGCUGUGGAAGGUCAAGCUCGUCGAUUAAUUGCCGAAGCAGUGUCACACAAAAAUCUUGGAAAGAUGUAUAUAUGGUGGAUGCCUUGGUUUUAAACAGUUAUUAAAGUUGCAAGGCGCGCACUUGAGUAACUUGAGGUACACAUCAGGUGCAUAAUAGCUUUUGUCGUGCAUUCUUCUUUCUGUAUAUAUGCUAUUAUGUAUAUGUACUAAAGUAGGUUAUAGAGUUACCUUAAUCAUUCCAUAAUCAUCUCAGCUUGAAAAAUUGAAACGUUUGGAUGCAAUGAUUUGAAA